CAUCAUCAUAAUCUCUUUCUUUGUUCUUAAAAUUAUAAUCAUGUCAAAGUCUCUAGCUGGAUUGGCGCUUUUGGCCGCUCUUUUUAUUGCGGUUAAUGCGUUUAAGCCUUCUGGUUUAACUAAUGGUCACGCUACGUUCUAUGGAGGAAGUGACGCUUCUGGAACAAUGGGUGGAGCUUGUGGAUACGGAGAUCUUUACUCGGCGGGGUACGGGACAAUGACGGCGGCGUUAAGCACGGCUCUGUUCAAUGAUGGAGCUUCUUGCGGCGAAUGCUAUAGGAUAACGUGUGAUUACGCGGCGGACUCACGGUGGUGCUUGAAAGGAGCUUCUGUGGUUAUUACCGCCACUAACUUUUGCCCACCAAAUUUUGCCUUGCCUAAUAACAACGGUGGUUGGUGCAAUCCGCCGCUCAAACAUUUCGAUAUGGCACAACCCGCUUGGGAAAAGAUCGGAAUUUACAGAGGAGGAAUCGUUCCCGUCGUUUUCCAAAGAGUAAGCUGUUACAAGAAAGGAGGAGUGAGAUUCAGAAUAAACGGAAGAGACUACUUCGAGCUAGUCAACAUUCAAAAUGUAGGAGGAGCAGGUUCUAUUAAAUCUGUCUCCAUCAAAGGAUCAAAGACUGGUUGGUUAGCUAUGUCUCGUAAUUGGGGAGCUAAUUGGCAAUCGAACGCUUAUCUCGAUGGUCAAUCUCUCUCUUUCUCCAUUACCACUACCGAUGGUGCUACAAGAGUCUUCCUCAAUGUUAUUCCUUCUUCUUGGUCUUUUGGACAGAUUUAUUCUUCCAACGUUCAGUUUUAAGUUUUUUUUUUUUUUUGGGUUCUGUCUGAAAUAUUAUUGGCAGUGGUCGCGCUCUGAGUCUGUUUCUUUUCUCCCUGAGCGACCCGCCCUCUUUGUUUUUUUUUUCUUAUGGUUUGAAUAUGGGUCUGUUAAUACAGAAGACCCGAUUUGAUUUGAGGAAAAUAUGAUUAUAUAAAAUGUAUUGUAUUUG